AUGCCGGGGGCCAUCAGCACAGUCAACGGAAUGAGUAUGGCGAAUAUGGAGAAAGAACGAUGGGUUGCCAUCCAGAAAAAGACAUUUACAAAAUGGCUCAAUACGAAAAUUGCUGCACGAGACCUCGAGGUGAAGGACUUGGCGCGAGACCUGACGGAUGGAGUUAUGUUAAUUCACCUUCUUGAAUGCCUGUCGAACGAUACCCUCGGCCGAUAUGCGUCGAACCCAAAGCUACGAGUUCAAAAGUUCGAGAAUGCUAACCUGGCUCUCGACUUUAUCAAAAUGAGGGGCAUCCAGUUGAUCAAUAUCGGUGCCGAAGAUGUCGUAGACGGCAGGGAAAAGAUUAUUCUGGGACUCAUCUGGAUGAUAAUCUUACGGUUCACAAUCAGCGACAUCAACGCAGAGGGCAUGUCCGCCAAGGAAGGUCUGCUGCUGUGGUGUCAAAGGAAGACUGCUUGUUACGAUGGAGUCGAGGUACGAGAUUUCAGCCACAGCUGGAAGGAUGGCCUUGCCUUCUGUGCCUUGCUGGAUAUCCACCGCCCCGAUCUGAUCGACUACGAAGCUCUUGACAAGUCGAAACACAGAGAAAAUAUGCAGAUGGCAUUUGAUAUCGCUGAGAAGGAGAUUGGCAUCCCGAAAUUGCUGGACGUGGAGGAUGUAUGCGAAGCACCCGACGACAAGAGUUUGAUGACUUACAUUGCAUACUGGUUCCAUGCCUUCUCGCAAAUGGAAAAAGUCGAAAAUGCAGGCCGGCGGGUGGAAAAGUUUGUCAACAACAUGCAGGGAGCUUGGGAGAUGCAGAGCGCGUACGAGAGGCGGAUGCGAGCACUUUUGAAGGCCACUGCAGAGCAGGUUGAAGCAUGGCAGCUAUCACAAUUCGAGGGCACCUACACCGACGCCAAGGCCCAAGCGGCAGCAUUUGCUGAUUAUAAAAAGGGACAAAAACGAGACUGGGUGGCCGAGAAGAGUGACCUUGCAACGCUUCUGGGCAAUAUCAAAACGAAACUGGGCACCUAUCGCUUGCGACCGUAUGAACCCCCCGCUGAAUUGAGCUUGGAAGCGAUGGAUCACGCCUGGGCCAACUUAUCUCAGUCGGAAAUGCACCGAGCCCAACUGAUCAACGAAACUAUUCGAGACAUCAAGAACGCUUUGCGGAGGUCCUUCGCCGACAAAGCGAACGAUUUCGCCAUGGCUCUAAACGCAAUGCAACUGGCGAUUUCAGGACUAGAUGGUGAUGUCGAGGAUCAACUACACCAUGUCCAGAAGCUCAGCGACAACCUUCCCCCAAUGGACCGGUAUCUGGAAACAAUCGAGGCCGUGGAAAUCAAAUGCCAAGAGGCAAAUAUUGAAGAAAACGACUUCACAACCUAUACAUACGACGAGCUAGGAUAUGAGCUCGGAUUAGUAAAGUCAUCAGUGCAGAAGAAGCUGGUAUUUUUAGAGAACCAGAUGGUGGCACGAAGCAUGACAAACUUGACGCCAAUCCAGCUCGAAGAGUUCGAGAGCGUCUUCCGUUAUUUCGACCGCGACGAUACCAACUCACUGCAAGAAUUGGAGUUCAGCGCCGCGCUGGCAUCGCUUGGACUAGUAUUUUCAGAGGAGGAUAUGCAUGAAUAUUUCGACGUGACGUCCGAAGGCCGUGAUUACGUGACCUUUGAGCAGUUUAUUCGCUUCAUGGUGGAUGUAACAGAGGAUCAGAACACAGCCGAGCAAGUGUUUCAAUCCUUCAGAGAGGUGGCUGACGGUAAGCCAUACGUGACGGAGAUGGAUUUACGGCACAGCCUUGUUCCCGACGAGGUCAUUGACCAACUUGUGGACAUGAUGCCCGAGCAUAAGGGGCCCGACAUGUCAGAAGACCGGGGGAUGCCCCAAUACGACUAUAUUUCGUUCAUGGAGAAGCUCAUCAACGACGAGCGCGGACGGGAGGAACAAGCACCAAGCAAUGUGCUACAGGAUAGGACAAACCGGGACGAGAGCCCGCGGAAGGAGAGCAAAGUGAACGGGAAUAAAGUAAACGGAUUACAUUAG